AUGGCGGCCAACCAGAGCGGCCGGAGUGAUAGUGAACGCAUGGUUCAGCAACCACGUGCCGGUGAACAAGCCCUCGAAGACACAGACCCUGCCAACUUAACAUCAAAAUCACGGGAGGUUCCUGUAUCGACUAAAGAGGAGAAGAGCCCGCCGGCAACGAGUUCUCAUGAUGUGAGGCCUGAAAUCGACAUCGAAACUCGCCAGACAGGAAUCAAACGCAAACCUGGAGUUUUUGCCUUUCGUGACCUUCCUCAUGGCCACGAGAUCAUCCGUGCAGAGCAACCAAUAUUUGUUGCUCCCUACGACGAUCCAAUUUCAGUAUAGAAUCAGAAGGAUGUUGAUCAACGCAAAGAGCUUACAAAGGCUUUUGCUCCCUUGCGCAAAAUGCGGCAUUACAAUAUGAACGCAACAGAAUCUGUAUGCCUCGACAAGUUCAAACGAGACUGCGCCUUCCAGGACCCUUCGGGUACCAGGGUUCUUAUCUAU